CAAAAAUAUGCCAUGAUAGAAAUAAAGGUCCCCCAAUCUUAUCAAUAUUAAUGUUGCGAGCCCGCUUUUCCCAUAAUUAUAACUAUCGAUUAUCGACAACAUAGUGGCCGCUAUCUCCCUCGCUUCCCCCUCUCUCUAGCUGCGAGAAAAACCCUAGUUUCGGAGUAGGAUUAGGGUUCGACCAAUUAAUUGGUGUUUUUCUUUCUUUUCUACUCUUUCUUGUAGCUUAGCUUCUACAAUUUCCUUUACCCGCGAGUUUUUAGAUUCCUUUUUCUCGAUUAAGUCUUUUGGGAGCUCCGUUUUUGGAUCUGUGAGCUAUGGAUACUCGCAAAAGAGGCAGAGCUGAAUUUGCUAACGGUGGCGGUUUCAAGAAAUCUAAGCCAGAAAUGGACUCCUUAUCAAGUGGUAUAGGGAGCAAAUCGAAGCCAUGCACGAAGUUUUUCAGCACUUCUGGUUGUCCCUUUGGCGAGAAUUGCCAUUUCCUGCACUUUGUUCCUGGUGGCUACAAUGCUGUUGCUCAGAUGAUGAACUUGGCCCCCGCUCCGACCCCGAGAGCAGGCGGAGGUCCCAUGCAUGCCCAGAAUGGUUCUGCUCCGGGUGCCGUUAAAACCAAAGUAUGCAACAAAUUCAAAAGUGAAGGAGGCUGCAAAUUUGGAGACAAAUGCCACUUCGCACACGGGGAAUGGGAGCUCGGUAAACCCAUUGCACCGUCUCAUGAGGAUCCCCGUGGUGGUGGUGGUGGUGGAGCUAUGCCCGGCAGGUUUGGCGGUGGCCGAAUGGAGCCACAUGUACCGGGGCCUGCAGCCAGCUUUGGCGCAUCAGCCACUGCCAAGAUCAGUGUGGAUGCUUCCCUAGCUGGCGCUGUCAUUGGGAAAGGAGGAGUGAACUCGAAGCAGAUAUGCAGGCAAACGGGGGCCAAGCUAUCGAUCAGAGACCACGAGACAGAUCCGAAUCUCAGAAACAUUGAGCUUGAAGGUACAUUUGAACAAAUUCAGCAAGCGAGUGCGAUGGUGAGGGAGCUGAUCGUGAGCAUCGGGCCAGGGGGAGGGCCUGGCAAGGGCUUCGGGGGAGGUGGGGGACCGGCUUCCACUGGUAGCAACUUCAAGACGAAGCUAUGUGAGAAUUUCACCAAAGGGUCGUGCACGUUUGGGGAGAGAUGCCAUUUCGCACAUGGGGCAGCCGAGCUGCGGAAAACGGGCUAAGGAGUGUGAGUGUUGUAGCAGCGGUGGUCGAAUUUUGUGAAACUUUUUGGUUCUAGCUGUGCAAAGGUAGUGAAGUGAUAGAUUUGAUUAUGUAGCAGCUUUGGUAAUUGGUAGUGGCUUAAGACGAGUACAGCAUUAUUGAGUAGCUAGCUGUGAGGAAUCAUGUCUCGGCUUAUGUUUGUUUUGUUACAGUUUUUAUUUUUGGCUAUUUACUCGUGUUAAAUAGUUGAUGCAUCCUUCUAUUAGUAUUAAACAGUAUUUUCUUAAA